CCCGCGCGCCCUGAGCCGAGCCCCGAGCCCGCGCGCCCCGAGCCGAGCCCCGAGCCCGCGCCCCCCGAGCCGAGCUCGCGCGCCCUGAGCCGAGUCCCGAGCCCGCGCGCCCCGAGCCGAGCCCGCGCCCCCCGAGCCGAGCCCGCGCGCCCCGAGCCGAGUCCCGAGCCCGCGCGCCCUGAGCCGAGCCCCGCGCGCCCAGAGCCUGCGCCGCCGCUCUGCCGUGGGUGCCGGGUGUCGGGGGACGCCGACUGCCACUUCGGACGGCGGGGAGGCCCUGUCCCGCCUGGCGACACUGUCGAGAGGGGACGGGCGCGGCGGGGUCUCGGGGACCCGCAGCCUGGCCCUUGAGCCGUCUCUCGCCACGGAGCCACACACUGGACGAACCGGGCCGCACCAGCCGCGUGGCCGCACCAGGCAGCAGCCCAGGGGCCGCCCACCCGCUGGCCACGCGGGGACCGGGCCGGACGCCUCCCUGCCCCUCGGAGGACCUUCUCGUCUGUGCGGGAGCCUCGCCCCGCAGCGCGGGCGCGUUAAGUUAUUGGACUGUCUGCGUAUUUAUUUUGAUGGUUAUUUGUCGUCAAACGUUCUGUCUUAAUAUUUUGUUUUUGCAUCCGUGUGUCCAUUCCAAAUAAAUUAC